AUGGCAAAAUUCUACACUUGCAAUUUGGCUCAUAUGUUUUGUUAGAAGGGGAGAUGUAUUAUAUUAAUUCAUUUGAUAAAUAGUGAUAUCUCUAAUUAUUGGAAAACUCAAAAUAGUGUUGCGCGAAUUGAAUAUUAUCCACACUGAGAAAAAAAUUAUAGAAAUCUGGAAUGGCAGUUAAAGCAAAUAGUUAAAGAUUCAUAUUAAUCAGAUAAAGAUUUAUCAUAAUAAAAUUAUAUAUAUAUUCUAUUAGCAGCAUUUUUGGAUAAACUUUAUUAUUCAACAGUUCAAUUUGUUAAAAAAUCGCUUUAUUUAAUCAAGGACUUAGUAAAAAUGA